UCGCGACAGCCGUAGUACACGUUUUGCCUGUCGGCUGUCACUCCAUGCCGCCCCAGCGCGCCAUCUGCCUCUGCCUCUUCCUCUGCCUGCACGCUGCCCAUGCCGGUCCAUGCCGCUUCACGCUUCGCCGCCCGCUGUGCUCGCUGUCUUGCCUCUUUGGCGCCGGCAGGUGCAAGGGCAGCAUGCAGAAAGUGCCCUCGUCAGAGUCUGGUGGCGCGCCGACAGCGUGGGAGAUGGUUCACCUCAAGGACGACGGCGUCGAGUCGAGCUGGAGCACCGUCUCCUUUCCCUUCGUGAGCGGCGGCGACAUUGGGAAGAUGACCGAGCGUCUGCCCUGCGACGGGGUCUGGCUCCGCUGGACGCACGGCAGCUACAACUACAAGUGGCACAACGCUCCUCGCCGCCAGAUCAUCGCCUCCCUCAACGGGCACGUCGAGGCGAGCGUCGGCUCGGGCGACACUCGCCGCUUCGGGCCCGGAGAGACGCUGCUGGUCGAGGACACGCGCGGCGAGGGGCACUGCACAAAGUCGCUCGACGGAGUCGGGCGACGGAUCAACGCCGGGGUGAGGGAGAGGCUCGGCGGGAGGCAUGCGGCGGAGGCCGUCCUCUUCUCCUUCGACCAGGCCUCCGUGAUCGAGCUCGAGUUUGCGCAGCGGUGGGAGGAGGUUGGCGAGCAGCUCGCUCGCGCCGGCCUCGCGCUGGCUGCGGCGGGGUGCGAGGCGCUCCUCGUUGCCUUCGAGGCGCUCCGCCGCGCCGUCCCGCGAGUGCCCGUCCUCCACAUCGCAGACGCGACCGCCGCCGCGCUGUCCGGCAAGCGGCGCGUCGCCCUCCUCGGCACCGCCUUCACCGCCAACGAGAAUUCCUUCUUCGCACAGCGGCUCCGCCGGCGCGGCCUCGAGGUUGUGCUCGACGAGCCGGCCGCGCGCGCGGAGCUCGACCGGCUGAUCUACGACGAGCUGACGGUCGACGUCGUGCGGGAGGAGGCGGCGAGCUGGUUCGUGGCGAGGCUCGAGCGGCUGCUCGUGCGGUGCGACGCCGUCGUGCUCGGCUGCACCGAGCUGUCGAUGCUUCUCGACGCCGAGGCGCGCAAGCGGUACGCCGGCGUCGUGUUCGACACGGCGACUCUGCACGCGGAGGCCGCGGUGCGGUUCGCGCUGCGGGAGGAGUGAUUCGGCAAUUCUCGCCGUCCCGCGGUUGGCCUCGUCGCUUGAGACCAUGUUGAGCAGAGAGCGGCUACGCGGGGGCGCGGUGCGGUGUGAGCAGAGACGCGCUCUGAGAUGGCUCAUUGCCCGCGGUGUUAUUUUUGUGUGUUGUUUAUUUUUCUCGCUCUGUCUGACGC